GGUCCUCCCUUUGUUUCGUAGUUUCCCUUGGUGGGUCGCACUGAUGUAUUCCUGUUUCGCACUUUAAUAUUAACAAUAUAUGCAAAAUUACGUAGUUGCUGCAUGUUAAUAUUUAUUUUCUUCAGGGUUUUGUAAAUUCGGGAUGUUCUUAUCGUUAACAUGGAGACAAAACGAGGGGAGAUUCCCAGCGGUUUAUUGGACGACCUCUGCAGUCGAUUCAUCCUGCACAUUCCCAGUGAAGAAAGGGACAAUGCAAUUCGAGUGUGUUUUCAAAUUGAGCUGGCCCAUUGGUUUUACCUGGAUUUCUGCAUGCAGAACUCACCAGGAUUACCUCAGUGUGGGAUAAGAGACUUUGCCAAAGCUGUUUUUAAUCACUGUCCAUUUUUACUGCCUCAUGGAGAAGAUGUGCAGAAGGUUUUAGAUCAAUGGAAGGAGUACAAAAUGGGUGUUCCAACAUAUGGUGCAAUUAUUCUUGACGAAACACUUGAAAAUGUACUGCUAGUUCAGGGUUAUCUUGCGAAGUCUGGCUGGGGCUUUCCUAAAGGUAAAGUCAACAAGGAGGAGGCUCCACACGACUGUGCUGUACGAGAAGUGCUUGAAGAGACGAGCUUUGACAUCCGUGAUCGCAUCUGCAAAGAUAACUUCAUAGAGUUGAAAAUCAAUGAUCAGUUGGCUCGUUUGUACAUAAUACCAGGGGUGCCAAAGGAUACAAAAUUCAAUCCCAAGACGAGAAAAGAAAUAAGGAAUAUUGAAUGGUUCUCAAUAGAGAAGCUUCCUAGUCACAGGAAUGACAUGACUCCCAAAUCCAAACUUGGACUAGCUCCUAACAAGUUCUUUAUGGCCAUUCCAUUUAUUAGACCACUUAGAGAAUGGAUAACAAAGAAGUAUGGAGGGUCUUCAGACAGCGACAAUGGAAUCAAUUCAGCAGGAAGCACUCCAUCCAAACCUCACAUGGACAAAAUCCGAUCCAGAGCAAGGCAGAGUCAAGUGUUGCCUGAUGGGUCUCCAGGAGAGCUGUGGGUUAAACAAAGGCAGCAACCACAAAAGCCGUUCAACCAAACAAAUCAACAAGAGCUGUUUGAUAUUUUAAAAAUGAAGAACCAGGGUCUGAAGGGGAAUGGUAAAAAGCUGCACCAGGAUUCCCCUAACAUGAAGAAAAGGGCAAAUGGGGUAAACAAUCAACAGGUUAAACCUCACCAAUCUGCAAAGUCAGAGAAGAGGCUUCAACCAAGACGACUUCAGGACAACUUUGAAACAGAUGCAGUAUGUGAGUUAUGCAGCUCCAAUGAUGAACAGCCACUUGACCACACAGAGAGGCCGUGUGGUGCAUGCAGUGGGGACUGUGAAUAUGUCCUCUCUUCCAGGGCUUUUCUUGGCUUCAAGUUUGAUCGGGAUGCUAUCAUGAAAUGCUUUGAGUUAUAAUGGAGUGAAUGGUUCACAAUCAGGAGGGUAAUAGACUUGUAACCAAGGUCAUAUUUUGAAGGACAUGCAAAGGGCAAAUUAGAGGAGUAUAUCGAUUUGUAAUGUUUUUAAACUAGCACAAUGCAACAGUGUUGCAGGAAUGAACAAUAGUUAUUCUAAGUAGUUUCUUGCUAAUUUUAUAACAUUCAAUUUAGCGUUUCACUCACUUCAAAGUAGGAUACUUGGUGUUAUUUUAAAUAAUAAUAAAAAGCCUUUCUCUCGCUCUCAGGACUUUUAAGAAAUGCAGGGAUACUGCUUGAAGUGGGAGGGGCAAACUGUAAAUGCAUUUUUUUUUUUUUCAUUGAAUUGUAAACCUUUUCAGUAUCCCCCCCCCCCCCCCCCGAUAAACUUAAGGGUAUGGUGGACAACAAGCUUUUUUUCACAAUAUAUUGUUGUAGUUGUAUUUUCUUGCUUUACAUUGAGGAAUGUGUGUGCUGGUAAAGUCAUUUCUCAGAGCAUUACUGUGGUUUAUAAUGAACCUGCUUUGAGUUGAACAGUGUUGAAUUUGGCAAUGCAUCUUCUGUACUGUACAUUGUUUACAGAGAACUAAUUGGGAUUUUGAAUGGACCAGGAGGUAUUUCAUUUUUUUUUUUUUUUUUAAAGGAAUACAGUGCAGUAACUUUUUUUUUUUUUUUUUUUUUUUUUUUUUUUAAUUAUUUUUAGUAAUAUAAUUAAGUACUAUUCUGGGUUUCUUUUCUAAGUGUUUGUAUUUGUUAGGGGUCUGUAACCUUACAGUAGUAUUGUGCUAUUUUUGGUGAAACGCCUACACUUUGUUUUAUUUCUGGGGGUGGAUUUGUAAAUGCAGCUUUGGGAUCAGUGACAAGUGAAAUGCAAGUAUCCUAUUUUUUUAAAUAUUUUUAAUUGCAAAAUAUCAAAAGAGACACUGACGGAUAACAAUUCAAAAGAAUUAAAAACUGCAAUCUCAUGAAAGGAUCAUUUAAGCUCUGUAUACUGUGUACCUGCACAUUUGUUUUAUUGUAGUUUCUGUUUUCUUCAGUGCUGUUAGGAUUGAGGUAUGUGGACCUCAUUUCUUCCUCUGCUGGCUAGCGUAGAUCACCUGUAUUUGGAUCCAGGUAUUCUGAGAUCUUGAAACCUAUGAGAUAAGCAACAUUUGCUAUUGUUGUACGCAAUUAAUAAGUGUGCUGCUGACAUACAUACAGCUGUGAAUUCAAAAUGGUAAAGUAUAUGUGUGGACCUACAUUUACAUGUAAAAAAUGUAGGUAUGAAAUAUACAUCCCUAGAUACACUCCGUGAAUUGCUGAAGAACAGCCAUGCCAAGUUUCAUCACAAUUGGAGUGGUGGUUCUCCAGAUAUGUGCAGAAAUAAGUGUUCUUUUGGGUACCUCCGUAGUAUCCCCAGUGGAGUUAAUACACAUGUAUUAACCAUGUGUAAUAAACAGGUACAAGUUAACUUGAGCUACUAACAGCAGUUUUAAUUUUCCAAUAGAGCAAAUCAGUUAUGAAUGCUAGUUUUAAAGGUAAUCAUUAGUUCAUUUUAAAGUAGAUACAUGUUGUAGUAGUGCACAUAUUUGUUACUGUACAGGCUUAAACAGUGUGAAAUCAAGUCUAAAAAGCAUUUGGUGUAAAUGACUAGUAAUUCUGGAGACUGUAGUUUCCGUCUGGGGGGAAAAAAAACCUGCCCACAACUUAGAAGUACUAUUUCUAGUAGUUUUUACCUUUUUGUUUUUUUCAUGUAGGUCCCUCAUGACUCGCUCAUCAAUUGUUAACAGUUCUUAACACCAAGUAGUUUUACACUGAACUACACUUGUGUUUAAGCUGCAUGAUGUGUUGACCUUGACAUCAGUGUGGUUGUAGACAGAAUCUAGUCCAUAGAACCAUCUUUUUGAACCCUCUAUAGCAAUUACAAGUGGAGACAGUUUUUAAAGUGCAGUGUGUAUACAAACAUUUUUAGCACGUCGCUAUAAUAAACCUGGCUUUAAAAAAUGAAAAUUUGAGACAUGUUUUAGCCAUGCUGAUCAAAUCAGAUACAAAUGAGAGAUGAAAAAAGCCAAAAAAGAAUAAAAUGAAAUCUUGGUCCUCAUAAUAGUACAGUUAUGUUGGAAAAUGUGAUACUGUUUCUAACUCGGAGGGAGUCAGUAAUUUAUUUCUCUAGAUGCAGAUUUAUUUAAUAUUUUAAAUCUAUCUGAAAAACCAACUGAUCUGUUUGUAUGGCGAUGUUUUUCAGUUGUGAUUCCUUAGUUGCUCAGUUUAUAUAUAUAUAAUAUAUUAUUAGUGCCUUGCAAAAGUAUUCAGACCCCUGACCAAUUC